CUCGCUUCUUGGUCGCUUUUGUGCCAUUUUUCACUCCUUCCGAGAACUUGACAGCAAGACAGGGUUAUGCUUGACGAUUGAAGAACGUGUCCGGCUGUGCAUCGUCCCCUUUUUUUCUUCUUCUUCCCUCCAUUGUCCUCAUCUCUUUCUCUCUUUCUCUCUUUCUCUCUUUUUCUCUCGCUUUCUCUUAAUAAUUUUGUUUUGUUUUGCUCAUCUCAUCGUCUUUUUGACUUUUUUUUUAUAUUAUUAUUAUUAUUACUACUUUUACUCUUACUACUCUAAUAGUCUGAUACCUCUUUAUUAUCUAUUAUUUUGUAUAUUUAAACCUUCCAUUCUUGCUUCACGUUUUCUUAUUUUUGUUUUAUAAAAAAAAUAAGAGAAAAGAAAAGAACUUAUACAUAUCUCGAAAGGAACAACAACAAAAAAGCAAAAGCAAAAACAACAACAACAAUAGCAACAAAUAUUUUCUUACAACAAUCUACAAACCACUUUUUCCUGUCUAUCUGUCUAUCCAUCUAUUCUGAAUUUAGAAAUCUUACAAUCCAUCUCGAUCCAUCAUCGCAAUUCGCCAUUUGAUUGCUUCACAGAUCUAAUUCAUGCUGCGCAUCCUCGCCAUCCUUUGCCUAUUGUGUGCAUCCACUCUCGGCCAAGACACUAGCGGAUGCAUGUCGCUGCAGUACUCCACAGCCUGCCCAGCCUUUUCUCAGUUCUAUGUCGGUAUUCCAGGCUUAGCUGAGCGGUAUUCGUUCAUGACAAACGUUACAGACGUCAAAUCAUUCGACGAAAGUCUAUUGUCCUACGUCUACUCAACCGCAGACUAUCUAGCCCCACUCCGGUGCACCAACAAAGCCUAUAUUACCAACAUACCUUACGCGCGUUUCUCUAUGACCCGUAUAUGUACAGAAUUGAUCCAAGACUCGGAUUACUCGCUUCCAUGCAACUACAAAAACAAUCAAGCCCCUCCACCACUCUGCCAAUCGACCUGCAACGACUACAUGGACAGUGUAUCUCGGAUCACAAACGACACAACUCUCUGUCCAGAUCAGGAUCAACGCAACAACGCUCUUCUCAAUCUUAAAACCCAGUGUCAGUAUUGGCAGGGCUACAAUGGAACCGGUAAUUGUAUCAUGGGAGUAGCAAAUGAACCCAAUAAUUGUGGUUUUAUGUACGAUACCCUUAGUGCCUGUGCGUACUGCAAAGAAAACACCGAUACAUGCUGUAAAUCAGUGAGCUCAUGCAGCAAACUAUCCAAGGGAGCCGUGGUAGGUAUUUCUUUUGGAUGUCUGAUAGCAAUAGCCACAGCAGGCGCUGCCUUCUUUUACCUAUGCUACCGACGGAAACUCGUCCACAAGAACAAAUUUUCGUUCAAUACAUACGUUCCCCCACCAAAGAACAUCCCAAGUACCGAGAGCGACCCCAGCCCCGCUUACAGGGCAGUACCAGAAAGCAGUCAAAAUAUUGCUGCCUACCACGACGACGUUGUACACAGAGACAUCGGUAAUCGGGGUCCUGUAGUCGAAACCUCACCGUUUAUGACGCAUGAAGAGCUACAAGAAGAACAGCAACAAGCCUUGGCUCAGCAACAUCACUAUAACCAAAAUCAACAUCAACAACAACAACAAGAAUUGGCUGUAGAAGAGCUUUAUGAGGUUGUACACCCAUACCCUCCUCAAAUGGGCGAUGAAUUGGGGCUUCAUGUGGCUGACAUUGUGUGUUUGGCGAUGCGGUUUGACGAUGGCUGGGCACUUGGAGUCAAUGUAACCACGGGUCUCAAGGGCGUCUUUCCAGUAGUCUGUAUUGCACCCGCAUCGGAGGAAUUGCUGGAACGAUUGCUCCAUAGUUCGGAAAUGACUGAUACUAUUAGUGAGCACGACUAUGCAAGCAAAACGCUAAUCGAAGACGAAGAAGAUCUCGGAGCCCGAAGAACGAAAUCCAUCCGGGUACCACUGGCAAUCAAUAUUCAACAAAUCCGGGAUGAUUUGCAGCGAUCGGUCAGCGUCAAUUCUGGCACACGCCGGACGCCUCUCACCGCUCCAUCUCCUCUGACAACACGCCCAGAACUCACAGACCAUAGAACAAUCCCGAGGCGAACGGCAAGCAUGCGAGCUUCGUAUGGAUACCAAGAGGCUGAAAGUCCAACAUCACCCAGCAUGAAUACCCCUUUCUUUAACGUAUCAUUACUCGCGAAUCAAAUUCCGAGGCAAACCCCUAACCAGAAUAUUCCACCAACUGUACCACAAGAGACGUAUGAAAUGCGUCGACAAGAGAAUCGUGUGUCUAAACACGAACAGGAAUUCAACGGCUCUAAUACAACAUGGACAGCAAGGCAGGUAGAAGGACAAAAUAAAUAAAUAAAUACAUAAAUAAAUACAUAC